AUGAUGGCAAUAAAUCGAAAUAUUGAUGGCGAAGAUGAGUUUUUGCACUUCUUUGAUGAAGACAUCGGCACAAGAUAUGUUUGGGGUUUCAGCAGCAAAAUAGAAGAAGAAGAUGAUUAUGUAGAUUCAGAAGAGUUGUUUGAGAUAAAUCUGAAGAAGGAAGCAUUAGAUACAAUAAGAGAAGAAGAUUGCGAGAGCAGUGUUUUCUCUAUUGAUAUCCACAACAAGAUAAAAUCAAAUGAUGUUGUUUAUGUGGCUGUUGGAGAAACUGGUUCAAGCAUGGAAGCACUUUCAUGGACCUUAAAACACUUGGUGAACCCUAAUUCUACUACUGUCUCUCUUGUACACGUUUUCCCUAAAGUCAAACAAAUUCCAACUGCACUGGGAAAAAUUCCAAGGAAAUGUGUGAGUCAAGAACAUGUUAACAACUACUUGAGCCAAGAGAAAAUGAAGAGGAAAAUACUCCUUCAAAAGUUCGUUGACUUGUGUACUGGCUCAAAAGUUAAGGUGGAGAUGUUGCUUGUUGAAAAUGACAACGUUGGUAAAGCCAUUGUAGAUCUUGUGAAGAAUCUAAGUAUAAGAAAAUUGGUGAUUGGAACUACACAAUCUAAUCUAAGAAAACAUGUUUCAAGAAGGCAAAAUUCUACCGCGGAGAUGGUGUUAAAAAGUAUAGAAGAAAGAUGUGAUGUUAAAAUCAUAUGUGAAGGAAGAGAAGUGAUCGAUCAGAUGAUAAAUGGAUGUGCUUCUAAACGUGAUGAAGUAGAUGGUUUUGUUCCAAUCAAGCAACGGAAACCAUCUUGGUUAUUUACGUCUAGAUAUGAUUGGAAUUGGAACUACACAAUCUAG